AAUACAUAUAUUUAAUAAAGAUUAAAGACCUUGCCAAAACUGUCAAGAAAAUAACUUGUCUGUUUCUCUUAUACUAUUUUCAGACUCAGGUAUGAGGUCGGUAACAUCAACAGUGAGGACAAACCCAGCCUGCCUCUCUCCUUCCACACUGAGUAGAAACCUACAGUCACUGGGUCCUGAUUGUGACAGUGGAGCCCAGUUUGCACUGCAGGAUCCAGAGAUGGCAUCAGUGAAGCUGGAAGACUGCAGUCAAACACUGGAGCUGAAUGUCAACAUUAAAGAUGAAGAAGAGGAGGAGAAGAUUGGGACAUCUGUUAGUCAUGGACGACUAGAAUUAAGUCUGAGGCCGGUAACAUCAACAGUGACGACAAACCCAGCCUGCCUCUCUCCUUCCACACUGAGUCCAAACCUACAGUCACUGGGUCCUGAUUGUGACAGUGGAGCCCAGUUUGCACUGCAGGAUCCAGAGAUGGCAUCAGUGAAGCUGGAAGACUGCAGUCAAACACAGGAGCUGAAUGUCAACAUUAAAGAUGAAGAAGUGGAGGAGAAGAUUGGGAAACCUGUUUCUCAUGGAGACAAUGUUGAGACAUUCUCUACAUCUAGAGAGCAACAGCAGGAAGAUCACAGAGCUAAGAGGUCUCACCCCUGCCCACAUUGUGAGGAGAUUUUCCCAUUUCUAUCAAAGCUGAAAGUACACCUAAAAAUACACACAGGAGAGAAUCGGUAUUCCUAUACUGACGGUGGGAAGAAUUUCACAACAUCCAAGGCUCUGAGAGUUCAUCAGAGAGUGCACACAGGAGAGAAGCUGUUCUCCUGCUCUGACUGUGUAAAGUGCUUCACAACAUCAACUAGGCUAAAAGUUCAUCAAAGAACACACACAGGAGAGAAGCCUUACAUCUGCUCUGACUGUAAGGUGAGUUUCUCUCUACUGCGCAACUUAAAACGACAUGAACGUAGACACACAGGAGAGAAGCUUUACUCCUGCUCUGACUGUAAGGCGAGUUUCUCUCUACUGUGCAACUUAAAACGACAUGAACGUAUACACACAGGAGAGAAGCCUUACUCCUGCUCUGACUGUGGAAAAAGUUUCUCUCGACUGGGCCACUUAAAAACACAUAAACAUGUACAUACGGGAGAGAAGCCUUACUCCUGCUCUGACUGUGGAAAAAGUUUCUCUCGACUGGGCCACUUAAAAACACAUAAACAUAUACAUACAGGAGAGAAGCCUUACUCCUGCUCUGACUGUGUAAAAUGCUUCACAACAUCAGCUGAGCUAAAAGUUCAUCAGAGAACACACACAGGAGAGAAGCCUUAUUCCUGCUCUGAUUGUAUAAAAUGCUUCACAACAUCAACUAGGCUAAAAGUUCAUCAGAGAACACACACAGGAGAGAAGCCUUACAUCUGCUCUGACUGUGCGGCAAGUUUCUCUGUACUGUGCCACUUAAAACGACAUGAAAGUAUACACACAGGAGAGAAGCCUUACUCCUGCUCUGACUGUGCGGCGAGUUUCUCUCUACUGUGCAACUUAAAACGACAUCAACGUGUACACACAGGAGAAAAGCCUUAUCACUGCACUGACUGUGAGAAGAGAUUCUACAGAUUGGGCCAUUUAAAAAGACACCAAUGUAUACAUAAAGGAGAGAAGUUUUCUCAGACCAGCUAAGAUUAGACACUCCACUUAAUUCUCAUGUCAUUAAAUAAUUGGCAACGUUGAAUUGAAUCAAAUUAAGAAAGUGUAGAACACUCAAUUGUUAUCCUGUUGUUUCUCACUGUGAGAGAACAAUGCAGAGGGAUUGGAGCAUUAUAAAAUGUUAGCCUGUCUUUACUUUACUGAUCAGUGUACACCUUGACAGUUUUGGUGAGUGUUGUUAGCAUCUACUGUAAAGAUAUUGAGAUGACCUUGGAUUUGCCCUUAAGGUUGAAUAUCCUUUGUGAGGCUUCUCACAGUGGAGUCUGAUGGGUAACUGAGUGGUACUGCUUCACUCUGCAGUUUUCUGUGGGAUUGAGCUAGUAGACACAACAUGCACUGAGUGUACAAAACAUUAACGACACCUGUUCUUUCCUUGGCAUAGACUGACCAGCUGAACCCAGGUGAAAGCUAUGAUCCUUAAUGAUCUAGUUGUUGUGUAUUUAUUAUAGAUCCUCAUUAGCUUUCAACAAAAAAAAACUGCUGUUGCAGUGGGCUAAGGAAUGAAAACACUGGACACUGGAAAAUUGGAAACAUACUGCCUGGUCUGAUGAAUCCCAGUUCCUGCUGUUUCAUACUGAUGGGAGGAAAUGGUGGAAAAAGUACCUAACUGUCAUACUUGAGUAAAAGUAAUGAUACCUUAAUAGAAAAUGACUCAAGUGAAAGUGAGUCACCCAUUAAAAUACUACUUGAGUAAAA